CUGUCACCCUUUUCGAGCCUUCCCUUAAGACCCAACCCGUCCCUCCUCCUUGUCUGUCGCAACUCUGCUGCACCUUUUCUCACCACCUACCCUUUCUUUUUCUGCUUUCUUUCUCAUUUCUCGCCUCCUGGCUGUGGCGCCAUCUUUUUGUCUCAUACGCAGCAGCGUGCUUCUUACGAAUCGUGUUUCUUUCGUUUCAAUCCCUCUUGCAACAACCCUCGAUUCUAGAAACAAACUUCAUCUAGACGGUUUAGCUUGGUUUCUGGUCGCAUAGUAACCUCGUUUCUCUAAAGAAUAAACCUCGGAUCAAUACAACAUUCGCUUUCCCACUCUAUUUUCUAUCCACUAUCAUAAUCCGUCAACAUGAACGUCAAUCGCAAGUUCGAUCGCUUCAAGCAAUGGGCGGGGGAGAGAAUGGGCGGAGAGGCCAAAACCACUCUCUCUGAUGACUUCAAAGCUAUGGAGACGGAGAUGAACGUGCGCCACGAAGGAAUUGACCGUAUCCACAAGGCGACUGGCUCUUACAUCAAGUCCAUUUCAAAGCGGAGCGAAGGUGACGAUAAGGAAAAGACCUUGCCCAUUGCUCAUCUGGGUAGUAGCAUGGUUGGCCAUGGCGAAGACUUCGAUGCGAACUCUGAUUACGGCCGCUGCAUGACCAUGCUUGGAAGGGCUGAGGAGCGCCUGGCUCGACUCCAGGACGCUUACAUCUCGCAGGUGAAUGCGGGGUGGCUUGAGUCGCUGGAGCAUUCCUUGACUCAGAUGAAAGAGUACCAGGCUGCUCGCAAGAAGCUUGACAGCCGUCGUCUGGCCUACGAUACCUCCCUCUCGAAGAUGGAGAAGGCGAAGAGAGAAGACUUCCGCGUGGAGGAAGAGCUCCGGACCCAGAAGGUCAAAUACGAAGAGGCCAACGAUGAUGUGUCUCGGCGCAUGCAGGACAUUAAGGAUUCCGAAGUUGACGGUGUUGCGAACCUGGAAGCGUUCCUGGAGGCUCAGCUUGACUAUCACGAGCGCUGCCGUGAUGUUCUUCUGCAACUCAAAUAUGAGUGGCCAAACAGAGCUCAGCCUCCCAGCACCCGUCGUCCAGGACGCCCUCGCUCAAACACUGCGCAUUCCUACCAUGAACGUUAUGAACCACUACAUGAGGAGGCCGACAACACGGCUGAUCUGCGUCCUAUCAUCCGAUCGACCAGAGCGUCAUCGAUCGAGCCCUCUGCCAGAGAGGUCUAUCCGCCAGAUGCUUACUCUCAGCGACCUGUUCUGAACAGAACCUCGACAUUUGAGGGACCUACGCAGUUGCGCCAAGAGCAAUCUCCUGGCACAUACCAAUGGCCAUCUCGCGCAGCCAGUGACAACUAUAUUGGUCGCAGAAAUAGCGUGCAGUCCCGGACCAUGGGCAGACCAUAUGUUGAUCCGUACAUGGAGCAGUCGGAGGAUGCUAGUCCUGUUAGCGGCACCAGUCCCGAGAGGACGUAUAUGGGCCGGAACCCAUCUCCAGUCUCUUCGUAUGGAGGUGCUGUCUCGAGAAAGUCCAGCUCUACUACCUUGAACGGCACACCACUGAACAAGAAGGCCCCUCCACCCCCGCCUCCCCGCUCCAAGAAGCCUGCGCCGCCACCACCCCCCAUGAAGCGCCCCAUUCUCAGUGCAGGCGAGUACUGAGUUCUUCUAUUUGGUCACGGUGUAUCUUACUACGAACAAGCUGGAGCUUGGAGGAUUUGGCGGGCUAUAUACCAAACUGUUGCUCACGGAUUUCCGGCAAAUCCGUCUAGCGUGGGUGACCACAUAUGCGCCGUAUUCAUCUCUACUGGGGAGUGAUGAAUACAACUAAUGAUUCAGCUGGCAAAGCCUCGCACGGUCGCUAGUAGUCUGAAAGGGAUGAUCAGCGAUAAUUCGGGCCUGCACCAGCAGCUGUGGUGGAUGAUUGCACAGACGUGUUGGUGCAUAAGGGAUAAGGGAUAAGGGAUUUCUUUUUUUUCUUCUUUUUUAGACCGGGUUGGUAGUGUAAAUUAUUUAGCCCUUGGGAUAGGCCUUAAUCAAGUCAUCGGCGUUUGAUGCUGGCGUAUUCGUAU